GCGCAUGUGCAUGUCCUCGUGCCCUAUGUUCGGGUGCCGUAUGUCAACCUCUUCUGCAAGACCUCAGUCACACACUCGCAUGUGCAUGUGAGAGACUCGGCCGUUGUGGCGCUGCGUGUGCACGAGGUUGCGGUGGUGCUACGCCAACUGGAGCGUACAGCGAAGGAGAAGACCACGGGGAAUAAGGCGAAGAACGCUAAGAAACCCAAACAG